UCCCGCAACUAGGCUACAUAUUCUCGUCACAGCGUCUGGUGAAUGUCCAGCCUGUAGAGCUCUAUGGUGGAUCCCCGGUAAUGGCUCACUACAACGUGACACAGGCGGGUUAUGUGCUCGCGGACGAAAAGGAAUACCUUCAAGCUUAUGAGGAUGUCCUCGAAAAAUACAAAGAUGAAAGAGACAGAGUGCAGAAAAAGACUUUUACAAAAUGGAUAAACCAACAUCUCCUGAAGGUCCGGAAGCAUGUUAAUGACCUGUAUGAAGACCUACGAGAUGGACAUAACCUGAUCUCACUGCUGGAGGUCCUGACUGGCCAGUCAUUGCCUCGGGAGAAAGGGAGGAUGCGGUUCCACAGACUCCAGAAUGUACAGAUAGCCCUGGACUUCUUAAAGAGGCGGCAGGUCAAGCUGGUUAACAUCAGGAAUGAUGACAUCACAGACGGGAAUCCCAAAUUGACGCUGGGAUUGAUAUGGACCAUAAUUCUGCACUUUCAGAUCUCUGAGAUCCAUGUUUGCGGGGAGUCGGAGGACAUGACAGCCAAGGAGCGUCUGCUGAUGUGGUCCCAGCAGAUGACCGAGGGCUACGUGGGCGUACGCUGUGACAACUUCACCUCCUCCUGGAGGGACGGGAGGCUUUUCAACGCUAUCAUUCACAAAUACAGGCCUGACCUGGUGGAUAUGGCCAGAGUGUCGGCCCAGACUAGCCGGUCUAACUUAGAACAGGCCUUUGGUGUGGCUGAACGGCUUGGGGUGGCCAGACUACUGGACCCUGAGGAUGUGGAUGUGCAGACUCCUGAUGAGAAGUCAGUCAUCACAUACGUCUCCACUCUGUAUGAUGUCUUCCCUAAAGUACCUGAUGGUGUUGACGGUAUCAAUGCAAAUGAUGUUGAUAUAAAAUGGGUAGAGUACCAGAACAUGGUGAAUUACCUGAGCCAGUGGCUCAAACACAAUGUGGCAGUGAUGUCAGACAGAGCGUUCCCUAACAACCCAGUGGAACUCAAGGCACUUUAUACACAGUACUUGCAGUUUAAAGAGAAUGAAAUCCCGCUGAAAGAAACCGAGAAGAGCAAAAUCAAGCAUCUUUAUAAAAUGCUUGAGGUGUGGAUCGAGUUUGGUCGUAUCCAGCUUCCCCAGGGAUAUCACCCCAACGAUGUGGAGAAGGAAUGGGGCAAGCUGAUCGUGGCCAUGCUGGAGAGAGAGAAGAGCCUGAGGCCUGAGGUGGAUAGGCUUGAAAUGUUGCAGCAGAUUGCCAGCAGGGUCCAGCGGGACUGUGUCAAUGGAGAGGACAAACUAGAAUUAGCAAGAGCAGCUCUGCAGUCUGAUGCUAAGAGGCUAGAGUCUGGGGUCCAGUUCCAGAAUGAGGCAGAGACCGCUGGGUACCUUCUGGAAUGUGAAAACCUGCUGAGACAGCAGGUGGUAGAUAUCCAGAUUCUACUGGAUGGGAAGUACUACUACUCCGAUCAGCUUGUUCAAAGGGUAUCCAAGCUCCGUGACGACCUGCUGGGCCUGAGGGCAGAGUGUUCCUCUGUGUACAGACAAGGACGCACCCUAACCCCCCAACAGACCACGAUGAUGAUCUCAGGCAUCACUCAGAGUCUCAACUCAGGCUUCUCCUCCUCCAACCUCAACUCCAGCCUCACCCCUGGAGGCCUGGGAACCCCCGGUUCCACCUUCACCUCCAUCCUUACCCCGGGCCUCACCCCUGCCCUGAGCCCCGCCAUGACCCCCGGCGGCAUGCAGCCCGGCUCGGUGCAGGCCUACAUGGGGGGCGGAGGAGUGGGUAUGGCCCCGGGAGACCUCCAGCACCUCAAACACAUGCAGAUCCGCAAGCCCCUGUGCAAGACCUCGCUAGCGGACCCCAACAUGACCGAGGAUGAGGUCAACAUAAACUUUGUGCAGGACCUGAUCAACUGGGUGGAGGAGAUGCAGGUGCAAUUGGAUCGUGGAGAUUGGGGAUCUGAUUUGCCAAGUGUGGAAACACAUUUAGAGAACCACAAAGGGGUUCACAGAGCCAUCGAAGAAUUUCAAAUGAGCCUUAAAGAAGCCAAACUUAGUGAGACUCAGAUGAACCAAAAACUAAGUUAUUCUGAGAAACUGGGAAAAUUGGAAACCCAGUAUGGGAAGUUACUAAACUGUUCACGGGAGCGCCAGAAGAACCUGGAGAGCCUCCACGACUUUGUUUCGCGGGCCACCAUGGAACUCAUCUGGCUCAAUGAGAAAGAGGAGGAGGAGGUCGCUUUCGACUGGAGCGAUCUCAACGGCAACAUCUCUAAGAAGAGACAGUACCACUCUGAUCUGAUGAGAGAGUUGGAUGAAAAGGAGGAGGUGAUCAAGUCUGUACAGGACAGGGCAGAGAACCUUCUGCAGGAGAACCACCCUGCUAGGUUAACUCUUGAAGCAUACAAAGCAGCCAUGCAGACCCAGUGGAGUUGGAUCCUACAGCUCUGCUCUUGUGUGGAGCAGCACCUCAAAGACAACACAGUCUAUUUUGAGUUUUUAAAUAAUGCCAAAGAGUCCACGGAUUACCUGAAGAGCCUGCAAGGUGACAUCCAGAGAAAAUAUGGCUGUGAUCGGACAAGCAGUGUACACAAGCUGGAAGAUCACAUCCAGGAGUCCAUGGAUGAGAAGGAGCAGCUCCUCCAGUACCGCAGCACAGUGGCUGGGUUGGUGGGCAAGGCCAAGGCCAUCGUCCAGCUCAAGCCUAGGAACCCAGAUACCCCUGUCAGAUCCUCCAUACCCGUCAAAGCCAUCUGUGACUACCGACAAAUAGAGAUCACCAUCUAUAAGGAUGAUGAGUGUGUCCUGGCCAGUAACUCUCACCGGGCCAAGUGGAAGGUGAUCAGUCCGUCUGGGAACGAGGCUAUGGUUCCUUCUGUCUGCUUCACCGUGCCUCCACCCAACAAAGAGGCUGUGGACCAGGCCAGCAGAAUUGAACAGCUGUACCAGAAUGUCCUGGCUCUAUGGCACCACUCCCACAUAAAAAUGAAGAGCGUUGUCUCCUGGCACUACCUGAUGGCGGACGUCAGAGCCGUCCGCGACUGGAACGUGUCCUCAAUUAAGACCAUGUUGCCAGGCGAGCACCAGCAGGUCCUUAGCAACCUGCAAUCCCACUUUGAGGACUUCCUGGAGGACAGCAAGGAGUCGGAGGUGUUCACUGUGGCAGACUGUUCCCAGCUAGAAAGGGAGGUCCUGGCCUGCAAGGACUACUACGAGGAGCUGCUCAAGUCUGCAGAGAGAGAGGAACACGAGGAGUCUGUGUACAACCUGUAUAUCUCUGAGGUGCGUAACUUCCGCAUGCGUCUGGAGGCUCAGGAGGAGCACCUGAUCCGACAGAUCCGCACCCCACUUGACAGAGACGACCUGGAGCAGAGUGUCCUGCGCAUCACAGAGCAAGAGAAGAAGAAGGCAGAGCUGGAUCAGCUGAAGGACGAUCUGGAGACCAUGAAGGAGAAGUGUGAGACGUUCUUCAGACAGGCCGGGGCCUCUCCCGCUGUCCCCACCCUCUCCUCUGACCUCAAUGUCCUCAUCCACAGCAUGAGCCAAGUCUACUCCAUGUCCGCCAUCUACCUAGAGAAGCUGAAGACAGUGAGCAUGGUGGUGAGGCACAGCCAAAGUGCGGAGGCUCUAGUGAAGCUUUAUGAGGCCAAACUCUCUGAGGAAGACGCCGUGAACUCUGACCUGAAAUCCAUCGACACAGUCGUCAGCACACUCAAACAAUGGCGCUCAGAGAUCGACGAACAGAGGGAGAUCUUCCAUGACCUGGAGGAUGGGCUACAGAAGGCCCGUGGUAUCAGUGAACGCAUGUUCAAGGCUCACAACGAGCGGGACUUUGACCUGGACUGGCACAAGGAGAAGGCUGACCAGCUAGAAGAAAGGUGGAGCAACGUCCACUCCCAGAUUGAGAGCAGACUUCGGGACCUGGAGGGCAUCAGUAAAUCACUGAAGUACUACAAAGACUCCUACGGCAGUCUGGAUGAGUGGGUCAGAGAGAUGGAGGCGGCUCAGCUCAAGACCCAAGAGAAGCAGCCAGAGGACAGCAAAGCGCUCGCUGAGCUAGUAAACCAACAGAAGCUCCUCGUUGCAGAAAUGGAACAAAAGCAGAGCAGAAUUGAUGAAUGCCAAAAGUACUCAGAGCAGUACUCAUCUGGUGCUAAAGAUUAUGAGCUACAGCUGUUGACCUACAGAGCCAUGGUUGACUCCCAGCACAAGUCCCCGCUCAAGAGACGGAGGAUGCAGAACUCGGCUGAUGCCAUCAUUCAGGAGUUCAUGGACCUCCGAACUCGCUACACGGCCGUAGUCACCUCCAUGACGCAGUAUGUAAAGUUCGCCAGUGAGACAUUGAAGAGAGCAGAAGGCGAAGAGAACAGGAAAGCAUCAGAAAGAACAGAGUACCUCACCUGGACAGAGAGUCAAAAGUCAGCUGGGGAGGAGGUGAUUGGACAGCUCCAGCAGCAGAGGUCUGUUGAUGAGGAGAAGAAAGAGCAUGGUGAUAAAGUAAGCAAGCUAUUGAAUUGGAUGUCCAGUGUGAAACCGGGCCAGAACAAAGAUGGUAAAGCCAGCACAGAGGCCUCUAGUAAGCCUCAGGUUUCAAUGGAAGAGAUGGUAACACAAAAAGAGAAAAUUGCAGAAGCACUGAGGACUACACAGCUUAUGCUAAGUAAACACAGUGAUAAGAUGACCGAGGAAGAGAAGCUGGAAGCAAAGGAGCAGCUGAAAUCCCUCCAUCAAGCCUACAGUGAUCUCACCCAGCAGUGUUCUGAUCAGACACCAUCCGCCGAGCAGGAGUUUCAGACCAUUGAAGGCGUUCUCGAAGUGGGAAGUAUAGAGGUCUACUCUGUGUUUAGCUCUGUCCAGAGCGGCAUGAUCGACCAUACCACUGGGCUCAGUCUCCUGGAGGCUCAGCUCAUCACCUCUGGCCUCGUUCUGCCUCAGUUCAGGAUGUGUCUGGAGCUGGAUGAAGCUUUCCAUCAUAACCUCAUUGACGAGGCCACCUGGAAGCAGCUCAGAGAGCUCAACGAAGCCAAUCGGAGCAUCCUGAGCCCUCCGUUCUCUUCAGAACCUCUCCCUGUGAUGGCAGCUCUUAGAGAGGGGGCCGUCUCUGAGCGCCUCGCCAUGAAGGUUAUAGAGAUCCAGCUGGCUACAGGUGGGUUAAGGGUGUCCUACACAGGUGAUGUACUGACCCUGGAGAGGGCCUUUCAGUUUGGCCUGAUCCCUGCACCUCUGUAUGUCAAGCUCCUGGAGAGACAGAACACAUGGAAGGACCUGAUCAACCCCGGCACGGCAGAGAAGGUCUCGCUCACCCAGCUGGUGCAGAGGAGUGUGGUUGAUGAGGAGACUGGACUGCGACUGCUGCCGGUGAAGAAGAGCCACAAUGGGAGCAUAGAGUUGACAUCCGGAAGGGAGAUGAGUGUACUUAGGGCGGUUCAUGAGGGGUUGAUUGACAGAGAGACCACGUUGAGGCUGCUGGGUGCUCAGCUGUUUGCAGGCGGUAUCGCCGACCCCAAAACAGGCCGUAAGCUCACCGUAGAGCAAGCCCUGUCAGAGGGCUUGAUCGAUCAAGACACUGCCAGUGGGAUACUGAGCCAGCAGGCCCAAAAUGGAGGCAUAGUGAACCCUCAGAAUGGCAAAAGGCUAACGGUGGAUGAGGCUGUUCAGUGUGAUUUGAUGAGCUUUAGCAGUGCACUCUUGGUGCUGGAGAAACAGAAGGGGCUCAUGGGACUUUUAUGGCCUCACUCUGGUGAAAUCUUGACAGUUUCCACCUCUCUGCGGCACGAAAUCAUCACCAGUCAGCUUGCAUUCAAACUGCUCAGCAAUAGACAGAAAAUAGCAUCCCUUUACAUACCAGAAUACUCAGAGGUAGUGGAUAUUAACUCUGCUACUCAAAAUGGUUUAAUUGAUGUACACACAGCAGAGGUAUUGAAAACCAUUGAAAUACCAGAUGUUUUUCCUGAUGUUGAUGACCUUAAUGACAGAUUUUCUAACUGGCUGAUGUUGAGAGAGCUUCAGAUUGGAGGAUCCCAUCGCAGUACAGAUGAUAAUGAGAUUGAUUAUGAGAACAUAAAUACCCCAUCUUCCAUCGAGGCAAAACAGUUAUUUAUCUCAUACCUCACAAUGAAUAGUUACAUGGAUCCAAAAUCAGGACAAAGGCUUUUAAUAUUUGAUGGACAGUUGACUAAAAUGGCAGAACUUUUAGUUGACAUUUCAGUAGAGACCACUGAAAACCAGGUAUACAACACUGGACCUGGCAAUGCCCCUUUUGAGGACAUUUCAUUGAAAGAAGACAUUUCUGAAGAUUCAGAGAUGUCCUUUGAUAGCAAUACUGAGGAUUUUGGAUAUUUGCACAUUAACGAGGAAACAGAUGGAACAAUGAAAGACCAUCAUGCUUCAAAUUUCUUCAAGGAGGAGGAGUCAGCUUAUAAGCAAUCUGACAAUCAAGCAUUUUCUAAUAAUGUGGUAAAGGUGGUAGCACAUGAUGGAACAGAGGAUUUUCCUUCAGCUAUUGACUGUGUAAACAAUACCACACUGCCUGAUUCUGACAUUAGCAUCUAUCAAAAGAACACAAGCAGUAUACCCAUUGGAAUUGAUGUAGAAUCCUCAGAUAAUCAAUCAAAUGAGACUUUCACAGGAAGUUCAGCCACACAAACUCCUUCCACAGACAUGAGCUUGCCCUCAGGUGCACUGGAUUGCAAAAUGAUGAUAGCACACGAUUUCACAGAGAAGUUUCAUAGCUCUGUUAAGAAUACCAGACAGCAUAAUUCUGUUUCGUCUGAUGGCCCAUCACCCUUUGAAAUUGGUUUAGAAACCUCAGAUAAAGCUUUAUAUAAUCAAUCAAUAGGAGAAUCAGCCACACACGCCAUGUCAGAAAGCUCAACCCGUACUAAAUCAUGCUCUGUGAGUGGCAAAGACAUUAGCUUGCUAGCACAACGCGUCACAGACGAAGCAUCUGUAGCUGUUCAUUCUGAAAAGAAUGCCAGACAACCUGAUUCUAAAGACAACGUUUUGUCUAAUAGCACCUAUCAAAAGACCAGACACAGUACAAACCCAUCAUCAUUUGAAAUUGGUGUAGAAACUUCAGAGAUACCUUCAGAUUAUCAAUCGCAAGAGACCGUCAAUGGAGUUUCAGCUUCAGAAACUGUUUUGGAAAGCUCAGCUCCUCCUAGAUUGUGCUUCGUGAAUGACACAGACAUGCGCCUGACAUCAGGUGCCAAGGAUUCUAAAAAGGUGGUGGCAAAAGGCCUCACAGAGGAAGCAUCUGUAGAGGUUAGCUCUUGUAAAAAUACCCGUACGAGCCCAGCGCUAACUGAAAUAGAUUUAGUCACCUCGGAAACUUAUUCAGAUAAUCAACCAAAAGAUACAGCCAAUGGAGUUUCAGCCACACAAACCAUUUUGGAAAGCUCAACUCCUAGAUUCUGCACAGUUGAUUCUAAAAAGACUAUCCAGCAGUCUGAUUCUGAAGCAAUUGUUUCGAAGAAGAAGAAGAUAAACAACACAAGUAUAGUACCCUUUGAAAUUAAUGUAGAAACCUCACAUAUAACUUCAGAUAAUCAACCACAAGAGGCUUUCACUUUCAAUGAAGGGUCAGCCACACAAAUCAUUUUGGAAAGGUCAACCCACCCACUAUUGUGCUCAGUGAAUGACGCAGACAGAAGUUUCCCCUCAGCUGCACCAGAUUCCAAAAGGAUGCCAGCACAAAAGGAAUAUUCUAGCUCUGAAAACAAUGCACAACAUUCCAAAAUGGAGGUAGCACACGGUUUCAGAGACGAAUCACCCAUAUCUAUUGACUCUGAAAAAAAUACCAGGCAGCCUUCCUUUGAAAUGGGGGUUUUGUCUGACAGAAUCUAUCAAACCAACACAAUGAGCACAAGCCCAACACCAUUUAAAAUGGAUUCAGAAACAGAUAUUGCUUCAGAUAAUCAACCUAAAGGGACUUUCAAUGGAAGUUCAGCCACACAAACAGUUCUGAAAAGCUCUACUUUGUGCUCAAGGAAAGACACAGGCCUGCCCUUGGCCUCAGUUGCACAAGGUUCCCCACAACGUCCCACAUAUCCAGUGACACCUGGCUGUGAGACAGACAAGGACACCAACUUUGAGUCAUCGCUAUUGGCCACUGUAUUGACAGACACCCUUGACACGACCACAGCGUUUCCAUGCACUGAAGAAGUAGUGUGGGACAAUACAGAUGAGAGAGGACUUGCGACCCACCUUCUCAGACCCCAAGUUGAAGAGGGUGGCAUUUUGUAUAUAAUUUCUGAGAAACGCUGUGAUCUUGACUCACCUUUUGAUAAGGGCCUUGUGGAUGAGGAGACGGUGUUAGAGGUGUCGGCAUUGCAGCUCCACAAGGGAGAUGUGUUAGAGGAAGAGAGAAGCACAGUGGCAACCCUGAAAGAAGUUGUGUCUGAAAGCUCCAUAUCCUCCCAGAUAGCCCUGCAGACCAUGGAACAGCACAGCAUGUUGGGGGGUGUACAUGACCCCAAGUCUGGAUGUACUAUUAGUGUGAGUGCAGCACUAGAUUCAGCGAUGAUUGAUGAUGAUUUGGCUGAAAAGAUCCUUCACUCAGACCCAGUACACAAAGCAAUCAUCCACCCUGAUAGACACUGUACUCACAGCAUGUCAUAUUCCCAGAGUCUGGGCCUCAUAGACAACGAUGAGGCUGAGAAUUUACGGCAGCAUCAAACAGACAAAAAGCUGUCGGUUUUGGUUCUUGAUGACUCUGAUGAGGAAGAAUGGAUAGAGAAUACGGAUGGACAUGCACGGGAAGAUUUGUACACAGAAGGAAGCAAAGAACAGAACUGUGAUUCACAGAAGGCCUUACUACCUUCAUUCACCAUUAGUCAUGGGCCUGUAUGUAGACAGAUCAUAUCACCUAUCCUGUCAGAUCAGGUAACAGAGGGACGUGUCAUCCAUGAACUUGAAACAACAUCUUCAUUUAGGGAAGAUAGUGCCUCACAUUCCCCCACUAGUCCACUAUCAGACAUUGUCCCUGGGUCUAGAAAUUCCAUCCAAAACGACAUUUUGUCAAACAGAUCAAACUCUCUCAGUUUGAGCGAUAGUGGAGAUAGUGGAGCACCUCAGCGCCAGGCUGAGGAAUUGAGACAGACAGAGGAAGACGGUAGCAGUUCUCUGAGGAGAGACACUGAUCUGUCCUGCGAGGCGGUGGGCUUCACUCCGGGUGAUGGGCAGCUGGGAGCAGGAUACCGUGAGAUAGUGGGGGACCAGACUGUUAGUCCUGUUCAGAGUGACUCAGGCGUGUCCUGCUCAUCACAUAGUGAUCUGUUGUCUGAUGAAAGGAAAAUGGAGAACACUGUUCAGGCGCCAGCCAGCCAGCUAGUGAAGGAGUCAGACCGGAGAAUAGAUAGCUCAUCACCAAGAGAUUUGUCUGGCGAUGUAACAAGCACAGUGUCCGGAGAUGUGGGUGUCAGUGGGGAUAAAACUGUAAUAAAUGGUGAUGGAGUUUCAUCGUUUAACACUGUGUCACCUCAGCGACCUCUAGUGAAGUCAGAGAGGGAUGUUGGUGGUGAAAUCGAGCUCACAUCCUCUCAAAACGGGCAUAGUCAUAGUAAACCCACUGUUCAGAAAAAGACUCCAGUGCAGUUGACAAACUUAUCUGAUUUAGCUAUUGUAUCCAGUGUACAUAGCAUAAAAUCAGGCAAUGACAAUAAAGACAGCUACGAUAUAGGUGAUCAAGAGCAGUUAGAAACUGCUCCCAUUAAAGAGAUAUCUAGCACAAUCACCCCUGAUCCGACACUGACUGAUAAACGCCUGCCAAAUUCAAACGCUAAUGUUGAAGCUAAAGCUAAUGACAGGGUUGAAUCAAGCAGGAGUGGUGACAGCAAACCAGGGAGACAAGAAGGCUCAUCUGAUGAUGGUCUCUCACAGAUUACUGAUCAAGCAACAUCACAGACAGGACAGACAAGUAGCAACGAUACAAGUUUGUUGUCAGCAUCAACAAUGACCCCAGGGAAUCCAUCAAAGGCAAAAGAGCCAGGUAUGAGAUCAGAUGGUAAACAAGAUGAAUGUGGUUCUGUUGAGAAUCAUCCCCAGCCGAUGGCCACUAAUGCUCAACCAGACUCUCACUCCAAUACACCCUCAACGUCAGAAAUGACCUCAGGGCAUCCGGUAAAGCCUGGCCUCGGAUCAGAACAUACAUGUAGGCAGAAUCAAUGUGGUGCUGUUGGGAAUCAUCCCCAUCUGAUGACUGUUGAUGUUCCACCAGACUCCAUGACACAUGAUAGUGUCCCACCACCUGCGUUGGCGAUCUAUACUGCUCUAAGGACUGGUUUAGAUGAGCUGGUGAGAAUGAGAGUGGAGGGGGCAGAUGUCGAUGACUUGCAAAAGGCUGAGACCCAAGCAGUGGAGGACAUCAUCAACCUGAUACAGGUCAUUCCACAGUCCCAUGGAAGAGGUUUUGGUGAGGAGACAGAUGCAGCGCUUGGGCUUAUGAUAAGUAGUAGCCCAGAUCUCCUCAGGGAUCUGUUGAAGCAGGAGCCUCUCCGUUCAGGUAAAACUAGUCCGGCGGAAGAGGAAGGGGAACCCCUCCAUGAAGAAACCCCUCCAUCUGAUGUGACCCAGAUUCAGUCUCGGCUUCUGCAGGUUCUUCAAAGUGUAUCCUCAAGCCAAGACCCUGCCAUGCUCAGAGAUGUGAUAGGAACCUUGAGCAGUAUUCUGGGUGGUGCUCCUCACGAGGACAGGCCACACAGCCUGGAGAUCCUCCAGGAGGAGAGCUCAUCAGAUGAGGCUGAAGGUGCCGUGGCAGAUCCCAUGGAAGCUCCUGACCUAUGUCAAUCUACAGAGGUUGAAACCAUUUCAGACACAGGCAAUGCUGAAGCAGUUCAAUCUAAAGUCAGGCAACAGUACUCCACCCAGGAUUAUCUGGAAUGUGUUGGCAGACUUCAGGAUCAUGCAGAUGUUCUAGAAGAGAUCAUGAAUGUCCUGUCAUCCCAGCAGGGCUCUCUGAGUAACAAUAUGGAGGAGCUGCACAGUCAUCUGGAUGAAUCUCAGGCCCAGUUGAAGUCAACAUACCAGGAUCUCCUCAGUACCCUUGAUAGACUAUCAGGGUGUAUUCAUGACAACUCUGAGAUGGCCUGCAACCUCGACAUCCUGAACCCAUCUGACGUGGACACAGUGAAAGACAUGAUCCAAAAGAAUAAGGGCAUGGAGACUAAUCUGUCAGGGACCCACAGACAUCUGGAGGACACUGCGUUUGACAUCCAGUACUUUAUCUCAGAGCAUGCUCAGUUCCUGAGUCCGACCCAGAGCAGGCACCUCCUCAAAUCUCUCAGCGCCACCCAGAGGGAGUUUAAGGAACAGAUGGAGAGGGUGGCCAAGCAGAGACGCACCCUGGAACGUCAUCUGGAGAUCAGAGAGGACGAGAGUCAGCAGAAGUACAUGGAGGAGAAACAGAAGGUGUUCUCAGACAAGCUGCAGGAGCUGUGUGACAACCUGACCAAUACAGAGAACCGUCUGAUAGGCCAUCAGCAGCAGACCAAGGGUGCAGCGAGUGUGGAAGACCUGCAGCAUGUGCAGCAAGAGCAUCAGGCCUUGCAGAAAGACAUCUUGACCAAUGGCAGUGCCUUGAAUGAGGUCAUCAGUAGCUCCAAGAAGUUCCUGGAUGAGAAUCGGUCUAAACUGACCCCAGAUCAGAUCAUUGCCAUCGAGAGCAAGCUGGAAGACGCCAAGAGCAAGGUCAAACUUAUUAACCAACGGGCUGAGGAGGCAAGGAAAGACCUGGAGAAGUCUGUGACCACUGCUAUCAAACAGGAGACUGAGAAGGAGGCUGCGGUUGAGCAGCUUGAGGAGAGCAAGAACAAGAUUGAGGGUCUGCUGGACUGGAUCAACAACAUGGGGAAUGAGAAAGUAAUGGGGGGCGAACAGACAGACCAUAUGGGCAUACAGAACGGGAACAUGCCGUUGCAGUCUGAGACCUCGGCCAAGAACAUUCUGGGUGAGGAUGAUGACCCCAAUGGAAACAAUGGAAACGCUUUCCAGACUACAGACAACGACACUGAGGGACAGGCCACAGGGAAGACCCCAGAAUUGGACCUGGAAAAGCAGUAUGACAGAGUCAAGGCUCGUCACCAGGAGAUCUUAUCCCAGCAACAGGAGCUGAUCAUGGCCACCCAGUCAGCCCAGGCUCUGCUGGACCACCAGGCCCAUGCCUUGUCGCCCACGGAUAAGGACAAGCUCCAGAGGGACAUCCAGGAGCUGAAAGGACGGUACGACUCUUCCCUUACCCAGGCAGAACAGCAGAUGAAGCAGAUGGUCCAGGUUCAGGAGGAGCUGAAGAAGUUCCAGGGAGACUGUGAGGAGUUUGAGGGCUGGCUGCAGCAGGCCGAGGGGGAGGUGGAGGAGCUGGGAGCCCCUGCUGGAGCUCUCAACGACCUCACAGAGAAGCUCCGGAGACAGAAGAGCUUCUCUGAUGACGUCAUCUCCCACAAGGGAGACCUGCGGUUCAUCACCAUCUCAGGACAGAAGGUGUUGGACGUGGCGAAGGCCUGCGGACGCAUGGACCCUGGUGGGAAAGAUGCCCAGCUGGAGGUGGAUACCACUGCAACCUGUGCUGCUGUGAAGGAGAAGCUGGACUCAGCUGCUGGUCGCUUCAAAGCCCUACACUCUCAGUGCAAUGAUCUUGGCAACAAUCUCAGAGACGUGGUGGACAAGUACAAGAAGUAUGAGGACUCGGCUGCUGGUCUCCUGAAGUGGCUCAACAACUCAGAGGAGGACGCCAGAAGGCAGCAGUCUGAGGCCAUCGCUGCCGACCCUCAAACCCUACAGAAACAGCUGGAGGACACCAAGGGUCUGCAGGGUCAGACUACUGGUCGGCAGACUGCUGUGGAGACACUCCGCAAAACAGCUGACUCUCUGGUCACCGCCCAGGGGGACUUGUUGACCAAUCAGGACCAUAUCCAUGAAACAGUAGAUGAUAUUGUGGAGAGGUAUGACAACCUGUCUAAGUCAGUGAGUGAUCGUAAUGAGAAGCUUCAGAUAACCCUGACCCGCUCCCUGAGUGUCCAGGAUGGCCUGGAUGAGAUGAUGAGCUGGAUGGAGGGAGUAGAGGAGAGUGUGAAGGAGAAAGGACAAGUCCCUCUGGACUCAGCAGUCAUUGGAGAUGUGCUCAGCAAAGAGGCAGCUCUGGAGCAGGAUAUUUCCAGUCGCCAGAGCAGCAUCUCUGCCAUGAAGGCCAAGGUUAAGAAGUUUGUGGAGACAGCUGACCCCGCUGCAGCGGCUCUGCUGCAGUCCAAAAUGGACGCCCUGUCUCAGCGCUUCUCUGAUGCCUGUGACAAGCACAAACACAAGCAGGGCCAGCUGGAGCAGCUGAAGGACAAGGUGGAGGAGUUUGAGAAGACAACGGAGAAGGUGCAGCAGUUUGUGCUCAAGCGCUCUCAGGCCCUCUCUGAAACAGACGGACCAGGGAAAAAUGUCAACGAGCUCUCGCAGCUCAUGCAGGAUACUAACACUGAGUUGGCCGAACAUGCCAAGGAUGUGGAAAUGCUGCAGAUGCUGUCAAAGGAACUGGCCAAUAUGGGUCCAGAGGGAAGCAAGGCCCAGAUUCAGAGCAAGAUGGACAAACUCUCCGACACCUUCAAUACCUUCAAAAACACUGUGAAAGAGAAAGAGGAGGAGGUGACUUCCUGCCAGGACCAGCUGGGAGACUUCAGGGCUGCAGCCGGAGCUCUCAGGACGUGGCUGGAGGAGACGACAGAGAAAGUCCCUGUGGUUCAGCCAACCAGCAGUGAGCAGAGUCUAGGAAAGGACCUGCAGAGAGUCAAUGCUCUAAUGGAGGAAUGGACAACCAAAGGCUCUGCUGUCCAAGAUAUAAAUAGCAAAGGAUCUGCACUAUGUAGCCUCAUCAGUGUUCUCACAUCUCCAGCCAAGACCAAGAUGUCGCAUAAGUCAGCUGUUACUAACAGUGAUGGCCCCGGAAACCAUGCCUACCUAACUAAUAAAGAGCUGAUGGUGGUACAGCAAAACAUGUCGUAUAUCAACGAGGGCCACAAGAGUCUGGGAGAAGUGCUGAAGGGCCGGGCUACAGAGCUGUCUGUCCUGGUGCAGGAGGUGACAGAGGCCCAGAAGGAGACAGACACCAUGAUAACAUGGCUGCAGGAUAUGAAGAAGACAGCAGCAUCCUGGAACUCUGCGUCCACAGAGAAAGACACCAUGAAAACACAACUGGAGCAACAGAAGGCCUUUGAGGAAGACAUGAAACAAAAGCACGAGCAGCUCCAGAAGCUGAGAGAGAAGCUUCUCCAUCUGAUUGAGAAACACCCAGACUCUCCUGAAGCAGAAAAAUGGAAGCAGAUGCUGUCACAGAUAGACACUGCCUGGGCGGAUGUGAGCGGGUCGGUGGAGGACAGGAAGCAGCGUCUGGAGGAGUCCAACAGGAACCUGGACGUGUUCCAGACCACUGAGCCGCAGCUCCGCCAGUGGCUCUCAGAGAAGGAUAUGAUGCUCAGUGUCCUGGGGCCCCUCUCCAUGGACCCCAACAUGCUCAACACACAGAAGCAGCAAGUCCAGAUCCUUCUGAACGAGUUUGACAGCCGCAAGCCACAGUUUGACCAGCUUCACGAGGCUGCUGCUGCUAUCCUGAGCACAUCAGGCAAGCAGGACCCCUCCUCUGGUGGGAAGGUGGUGAAGGAUCAACUGGCUGCCGUCACCCAGAAAUGGCAGGGCCUGACUGGGCAGCUGGGCCAGAGAGCCGGCCUCAUCGACCAGGCCGUGGGGAAGUCAAGCCAGUUCCAGGAUCUGCUGAUGAGCCUGAGCCAGAGCGCCGCCUCACUGGAGACCCGGCUCAACAGCCAGCAGGCCCUUAGCAGUCAGCCUGACGUGGUGAAGAAGCAGCUGGAGGAGGCUAACACCAUCUCUGGUCAGCUGAGGGAGGAGAGGAAGAGGCUAAAAGAGGCUGAGACCCUCUGCUCUGAGCUUUCUGCCCUGGUCACGGAGGACUACCUGAAAGCAGGCCUAGACAGGCAGCUGGAGGGGGUCAACAAGCCUUUCAAACAGUUGGAGGACAAAGCAGGGAAGCGGAUCCAGCAACUGAACUCCGCAUUCGCAAGCUCCCAGCAGUUCCACCAGGCCUCCAAAGACUUCCAGGGGUGGAUGAACGGGAAGCUCCAGGAGCAGUCUAAACUCCAGGCCAUCUCGGCCCAGGUGGAGACCCUUCGGCAGAGCCUGAAAGAACAGAGUGCCCUGCAGAAGGCCCUCAGUGAACACGAGGAACCAUACAGCACCAUUGUCAGGGAGGGAGAAACCCUCCUCCAAAACACUGACGGGGCAGAGAAGGUGGCGAUGCAGGGCCAGCUGGCUACACUGCGCUCCAACUGGGACGAUGUGAAGAAGAGCUCGGCUGAGCGCCAGGAUAAGCUCCAGGGGGCGCUGCAAAGGGCCCAGAAGUAUCACGAGCACGCUGAGAAGCUCCAGUCCUGGGUCCAGGAGUGUGAAGUCAGGGAGGGCAGCGUCAGGCUCAGCGUGGACCCAGCGGAGGUGGAGAGCUCCAUCUCCCAGCUGAAGGCCAUCCAGAAGGAUGUGGACAAACACAGAGGCCUGGUGGAGCAGCUGAACACUGCAGCUGACAGCCUCCUGGAGGUAGCCAACGCAGACACGGAGGCCGUCAGGGAGGAGAAGGCGGCCAUCGGGCAGAGCGUGGACCGGGUCACAGAUGGGGUCCAGAACAAGAGAGAGUCUCUGGAGAAGAUCUCACAGAGGCUGAAAGAGUUCAACGACACCCACAAUGAGGCCAAGGGCCAGCUGGCAGGGGCUAAGAAGCAGCUAGAUGCCCACACAUCACUGGGGGUCCAGGCCUACAGCAACAAGAACCUGACCAACAUGAAGGCCCAGCAGAAGAGCCUGGAUGGAGUCAACACCCAGGUUGAGCACCUGAAGAGCCUUGCCCAGGGCCUGGUGGCUGAUGUCCCCGAGGCAGACGGGGUGACCGACCUCCUACUGCAGGCCGACAGCCUGGAGAAAGAGCACGGCUCCCUCAGCAAGGAUGUAGGGGAGACCUGCUCCACCUUGGAGGGCAAGCUGCAGGGCAUCGGGCAGUUCCAGACCAACAUCCGCGAGAUGUUCACCCGCUUCGCAGACCUAGACGACGAGCUUGACAGCAUGGCUUCUGUGGGCCGUGACCUGAUCACCCUUAAGGAGCAGCAGGACGGUAUCAAGGGCUUUGUGGAGAAACUGCAGGGGCUGAUGGCCGACACGGCUCGGGGAGGGGACAGCUGUAAGAAGAUGCUGGAGACUGAGGCCUCCCCAGACCUGCUGGGGCUGAAGAGAGACCUGGAUGGUCUGAGUAAGCAGUGUGGCAAGCUGAUGGACAGAGCUAAAGGGAGAGGGGAAGAGGUGGGGAGCACACUCACCCGUCUGGAUGAGCUUUACUCCAAGCUACAGCAGUUCACCAACAAACUGGGCGGGGCUGAGGUCAAGGAGGAAGGUCAAGGGUCAGUUGGCAUGGAAACUGAUGUCAUCAACCAACAGCUGGAAGCUUUCAAGGUAUUCCAGAAAGAGGUUGAUCCACUGCAGAGCCAGUUGCAAGACAUUAACUGGCUGGGCCAAGGCUUGAUCCAGAACGCUGACAAAGGCACCAGCACCAAGGGCCUUGAACAUGACCUGGAGGAUGUCAACACACGAUGGAACACUCUCAACAAAAAGAUUGCUGAGCGGUCAGUGCAGCUGCACGAGGCCCUGUUGCAUUGUGGGAGAUUCCAGGAUGCCCUGGAGUCCCUACUCAGCUGGCUGACGGACACAGAGGACCUGGUGUCCAAUCAGAAACCUCCGUCUGCUGAGUUUAAAGUUGUCAAGGCACAGAUCCAGGAGCAGAUACUCCUCCAGAGGCUGCUGGAUGACCGCAGACCCACGGUGGAGCUGAUUAAGAAGGAGGGAGGGAAGGUUGCGGAGCUGGGAGCAGAGUCCGUGGACAAGGAGAAGGUGGGGAAGGAGAUUGACUGCCUGGGGCAGAGGUGGGACGCUCUGCUGAAGAAGGCUGAGAACAGGCACAAACAGCUGAAGAGCAUUCUGGUUGUGGCUCAGCAGUUCCAUGAGACACUGGAGCCCCUGUCUGAGUGGCUCUCUGCCACAGAGAAACACUUGGCCAAAGCUGAACCUAUUGGCACACAGACCUCCAAGCUGGAAGAGCAGAUCUCCCAGCACAAGGUAUUAGAGGAGGAGAUAACGGGUCACUGUAAAGACCUGGUUCAGGCCGUCAACCUGGGUCAGAUGCUGAAGCUAGUCAGCUCAGUGGACGAUAAGGAGCUGGUGCAGUCUAAGCUGGACUCCAGCCAGGCUAGUUAUGUAGAGCUGCAGGAGCGUUGUAGGAGGAAGGCUGAGAUGCUGCAGCAGGCUCUGGCCAACGCCCAGCUCUUUGGAGAAGACGAGGUGGCCCUCAUGAACUGGCUCAACGAAGUACACACUAGGCUGAGCGAAGUGUCCGUCAAAGACUACAAGACGGACGUGCUGGAAAAGCAGUGUGCAGAACAGCUGGCCCUACAUGAAGACAUUGAGUUGAGGAAGCAGAAUGUUGAUCAAGCCAUUUCUAAUGGAUUGGAACUGCUGAAACAAACAACAGGUGAUGAGGUGGUUGUCAUCCAAGGCAAGUUGGACGGGAUAAAGACGAGAUACGCUGAGAUCAACUCCAUGAGUGGUAACGUGUCUCAGACCCUGAACCAGGCCCUGACCCUGGCCUCCAAGCUCCAGCACACACACGAAGACCUCAGCUCCUGGCUGGAGAAUGUCGAGGCUGAGCUCACCGCCUUCGCUGCUCAGGCGCCUGUAGGAGAGCAGCUCGUUCAGGCACAAGACAGGCAGAAGGCAUUGCUGCAAGAGGCCAGGGAUCACAAGCCCCAGGUGGACAAACUCAACGAGGUGAGCAGCUCUCUGCUGGAGCUGGUCCCUUGGAGGGCUCGGGAGGGCCUGGACAAGAUAGUGACAGAGGACAACGAUCGCUACAAGGCCACCAGCGACACCAUCGCACAUCACGCGGAGCAGAUAGACGCUGCUAUACUGAAAUCACAGCAGUUUGAACAAGCAGCUGACACUGAGCUAGCCUGGCUUACUGAAGCAGAGAGGAAGAUGUUGUCAUUGGGGGAGAUCAGGCUGGAACAGGACCAGACCACUGUCCAGCUCCUGUCCCAGAAGGGCUUCUCUAUGGACAUCAUGAGACACAAGGAUGCCGUGGAUGGAAUUGUGAAAACAGGCGAGGCCAUCAUGAACAGCAAGGACGAGGAGGAAAAGCAAGCCUUGAAGGCCAAGAUCCAGGCCCUCCUGGAGAAGUAUGUUGUUGUCAGUCAGCUGAACUCGGAGCGCUGCCUGCAGCUGGAGCGAGCCCAGUCUCUGGCUAGCCAGUUCUGGGAGACUUACGAGGAGCUGUGGCCCUGGCUCCAGGAGACCCGCACAAGUUUCAGCCAGCUCCCAUUGGCGUCCAUCGAGUACGAAGCUCUCCGACAGCAGCAGGAGGAGCUCAGGCAAAUGCGAGAGCUGAUUGCUGAGCACAAGCCCUACAUCGACAAGAUGAACAAGACAGGUCCCCAGCUACUGGAGCUGAGUCCUGUGGCGGGGGUCGCUAUCAGGGAGAAGUACACAGCCACAGACCUGCUGUACGCCCAGCUCAAGGCUGACGUCAAACAGAGGGCCUUCACUCUGGAUGAGGCCAUCUCCAAAUCCACACAGUUCCAUGACAAGAUCGAGCCCAUGCUAGAGUCCCUGGAACGGAUCGCUGAGCGCCUGCAUCAGCCUCCCUCCAUUUCUGUGGAGGUGGAGAAGAUCAGGGAGCAGAUCACAGAGAACAAGGUUGUGUCUGCGGACCUGGAGAAACUGCAGCCGUCCUACGACACGCUCAAGCAGCGCGGCGAAGAGAUGAUUGCUCGCUCAGCGGGAGCUGACAAGGACAUAUCUGCUAAAGCUGUGCAAGACAAGCUGGAUCGGAUGGUGUUCACCUGGAAUGAGAUCCAUGCCCUGAUGGAGGAGAGGGAGGCCAAGCUGCUGGAUGUCAUGGACCUGGCAGACAAGUUCUGGUGUGACCACUGUGCCCUCAUCGUUACCAUCAAGGACACCCAGGACCUGCUGAGGGAGCUGGAGGAGCCUGGAGUCGACCCUUCUGUGGUGAAACAGCAGCAGGAGUAUCUGGAGAGCUUCAAGGAGGAGAUUGACGGCCUACAGGAGGAGCUUGAUGUGGUGCGGAACCUGGGGGCGGAGCUUAUGGCUGCUUGUGGUGAACCAGAUAAGCCAGUCACAAAGAAGAGUAUUGAUGAGGUGAACUUGGCGUGGGAGACUCUGAACAAGGCAUGGAAGGAGAGAGUGGACAGACUGGAUGAGGCCAUGCAAGCUGCUGUACAGUUCCAGGAUGGCCUGCAGGGUAUGUUUGACUGGGUGGACAUUGUGGAGCACAAACUGGGUUCUAUGUCACCUGUGGGCACAGACCUGGACACUGUCAAGCAACAGAUAGAAGAACUCAAGGAGUUCAAAGGUGAGGCGUAUCAGCUGCAGAUGGAGAUGGAGCGACUGAACCACCAGGCGGGCCUGCUGCUGAAGAAGGUGACGGAGGAGUACGACCGUUGUGCCAUCCAGGAGCCCAUGACCGAGCUCAAAAUGCUCUGGGACAACCUGGAUGAAAAGAUCAUCAACAGACAGCACAAACUGGAAGGAGCUCUAUUGGCUCUGGGGCAGUUCCAGCAUGCGCUGGACGAGCUUCUGGCCUGGAUGAGCAACACUGAAGAGCUGCUCAACGAACAGAGGAAGGCUGUAGGAGACCCCAAGGCCAUUGAGAUCAAGCUCGCCAAGCACCACGUCCUCCAGAAUGAUGUAUUGGCCCAUAAGACGACGGUGGAGGCGGUCAACAAGGCCGGUACUGACCUGGUGGAGUCCACCUCUGGGGAGGAAGCCGCCGGCCUGCAGAACAAACUGGAGAACCUCACCCAGCGCUGGAAGAACAUCCUGGAGAAGACAGAGCAGAGGAGGCAGCAACUGGACAGUGCUCUGCUUCAGGCCCAAGGUUUCCAUGGCGAGAUGGAAGACAUGCAGCAGUGGCUGAAAGACACAGAGCGUCAGCUGUUAGCAUCAAAGGCUGUGGGAGGCUUACCAGACACGGCCCGCGAGCAGCUUAAUGCCCAUCUGGAGUUAUGUUCCACAAUGGAGGCCAAGGAGGAGCUGUACCAGCAGCUGAUGAACAAAGGUCAGCAGCUGCUCACCAUGACCCCCUCCGGCCAGGACAGCAACACAGAGCAGGACCUCCGUAACCUACAGGACAAAUGGGAGUCUGUGCAGGCCAAGGUGGCUGAGAGAAAGGUGAAACUGGAAGAGGCUUUGGCUCUGGCCACAGAGUUCCAUAACUCUCUGCAGGACUUCAUCAGCUGGUUGACCCAAGCUGAACAGACUCUCACUAUGUCCUCUCCCGCCUCCGUCAUCCUGGAAACCAUCCUGUUUCAGAUAGAUGAGCACAAGGUGUUUGUGACAGAGGUCAACUCCCACAGGCAGCAGAUCAUUGAGCUGGAUAAGACAGGGACACACCUGAAGUACUUCAGCCAGAAGCAGGACGUGGUGCUGAUCAAGAACCUGCUGAUAAGUGUACAGGGCCGCUGGGAGAAGGUGGUGCAGAGGUCUGUGGAGAGGGGCCGUCUGCUGGACGACACCAGGAAGAGGGCCAAACAGUUCCACGAAACCUGGAACAAGCUGACAGAAUGGUUGGAUGAUUCGGAGAAGGCUUUGGACUCUGAGCUGGAAAUCGCCAACGAUCCUGACAAGAUCAAGACGCAGCUGGCCCAGCACAAGGAGUUCCAGAAGGUGCUGGGGAGCAAGCACUCAGUGUAUGACACCACCAGUCGUACCGGACGUGCCCUGAAGGAUAAGACGUCACUGCAGGACGACAACCAGAAGCUGGACGACAUGCUGAGUGAACUGAGGGACAAGUGGGACACUGUCUGUGGCAAGUCAGUCGAGAGGCAGAACAAACUGGAAGAGGCGUUGCUGUUCUCUGGUCAGUUUACUGAUGCCCUGCAGGCUCUGAUUGACUGGCUGUACAGAGUGGAGCCUCAGCUGGCCGAGGACCAGCCAGUACAUGGAGAUAUAGACCUUGUGCUCAAUCUCAUCGACAGUCACAAGGUGUUCCAGAAGGAGUUGGGUAAGCGGACGGGGAGCGUUGCGGCCCUGAAGCGUUCGGCUAAGGACCUGAUUGAGAGCAGCCAUGAAGACUCCUCCUGGGUCAAAGCUCAGAUGCAGGAGCUGAGCGCUCGCUGGGAGACAGUUUGCGCUCGCUCAGUAUCUAAACAGACCCGGCUUGAACAGGCACUGUGUCAGGCUGAGGAGUUCCACUCUACAGUCCAUAUGCUGCUGGAGUGGCUGGCUGAGGCCGAGCAGAGCCUGCGUUUCCAUGGCACCCUGCCCGACGACGAGGAGGCCCUAGGGGCUCUUAUCGAGCAGCACAAGGAGUUCAUGAAGAAACAGGAGGAGAAGAGAGUGGGCCUGAACAAAGCCACCAGUAUGGGGGAGGCUAUCUUGACCAUCUGCCACCCAGACUCUAUCACCACCAUCAAACACUGGAACACCAUCAUUAAAGCCCGGUUCGAGGAGGUCCAGGCAUGGGCGCGACAGCACCAGCAACGCCUGGCCAUGGCCCUCAGUGAUCUGCUGGCCACGAAGGACCUGCUGGAGGGUCUUUUGGGCUGGCUGCAGUGGGCUGAGACCACACUCAAUGACAAGGACAAGGAGGUCAUCCCUCAAGAGAUAGACGAGGUCAAAUCCCUCAUCGCUGAACACCAGACAUUCAUGGAGGAAAUGACCCGGAAGCAACCGGAUGUUGACAAGGUCACGAAGACACACAAGAGAAAGGCUGUGGUCGGGAGCGAGCCUGCCAGCCAGUCCCAUAUCCCUGUCCUGGAGAAAGGAAGAGGUGGAAGAAAGCGUUCUCCCACACAAGCCAUGUACCCAUCUUCACAGCCUCCCAUAGAGACCAAGAACCCCAGGGUCAACCUAUUGGUCAGCAAGUGGCAGCAGGUGUGGCUACUGGCCCUGGACAGGAGGAGGAAACUCAAUGAUGCCAUGGACAGACUUGAGGAGCUGAAGGAAUUUGCCAACUUCGACUUUGAUGUGUGGCGAAAGCGCUACAUGCGAUGGAUGAACCAUAAGAAGUCGCGUGUCAUGGACUUCUUCAGACGCAUUGACAAGGACCAGGAUGGAAAGGUCACCAGACAGGAAUUCAUAGAAGGCAUCCUCUCCUCCAAAUUCCCCACCAGUCGGCUGGAGAUGAGUGCGGUGGCAGACAUAUUCGACCGGGAUGGUGACGGCUAUAUUGACUACUAUGAGUUUGUGGCUGCCCUUCACCCCAACAAAGAGGCAUACAAACCCCUCACAGAUGCAGACAAAAUUGAAGAUGAGGUUACACGCCAAGUGGCAAAAUGCAAGUGUCCUAAACGAUUCCAAGUUGAGCAAAUUGGUGCCAACAAAUACAGGUUCUACCUUGGAAAUCAGUUUGGUCUGGUUCACUGCUUACAUGACGAUGAGAUUAUAACAAGCAGGGACAGUCAAAAUCUAACACCCCACCUACACGUUGCGGUUUUGGAAAGCUGUAUUCUGUUCGGAGACUCCCAGCAGCUGCGUCUGGUACGGAUCCUACGGAGUACUGUGAUGGUGCGCGUGGGUGGAGGCUGGAUGGCUCUGGAUGAGUUCCUGGUAAAGAACGAUCCGUGUCGAGUUCAUCACCACGGGAGUAAAAUGUUACGCUCGGAAUCAAACUCUUCAAUUACUCAGUCUCCUAUAGGUUGGCAACAAAUCUCACACUUUCUCACCUUGCUCCAUGAACCCCCUAGUGCCAAAGGAAGGACAAACAUGGAGCUGCGAGAAAAGUUCAUUCUCCCAGAAGGCACCACUCAGGUGAUGGCCAGCUUCCGGUAUAGAGGUCGUAGGUCGCGGCCGUCGUCACGAGCUGCCUCUCCCAACCGGUCAAACUCUAACCAUAGCUGUCCAGCCCAGCAUAAUAACCCAGCCUUGACCAGCACACCCAAGACUCCCCAACACAUAACCCGCAAUUAUGAUAAGCCCUGGCUGACAAACAGCAAACCCUCCAGUCCUCUAAAAUCAUCAGACUCCUUUGAGAGCCAAGGUUCAUCCUCCGAGAGCAUCCCGAUACAGGGAAGCAAACUGCGGCUCCCUGGAUACUUGUCAGGAAAAGGUUUCCAGUCCGGAGAAGAGCAGGGAACCCUGAUCAAUGCUGCUGUGAUGAAAGCACGGGGGCAGGCAAUAGGCUUUGAAUCGAGAAGACCCGGCAGCCGACCUGGAAGUAAAGCAGGUAGCCGAGGCAGCAGCCGGAGAGGAAGCGAUGCUUCAGACUUCGACAUCUCCGAUAUCGCAUCGGUGUGCUCCGAAACAUCAGAGAUGGUGGGUGACACCAGUCGGGCCACACCCCGCUCAUCGUCACGUCAACACGGAGGCAAACCCUCCAAAAUCCCCACUCCUCAAAGGAGGUUGACCCCCAGCAAACUGGCCAAGACCUCCAAGAGAUAGUCAUUGGCCUUGAGACAACUAUGGGAGCCCCGUUGGCCCAAAGUGGCCCUCCUGGUUCCACAAGACAUAUGGAGACUGGAGACACUAGAACUGGCACAAGAGACUGGUGUAUGUGUUAAUUAUUUAAAGUGUUGCGAAGAUGUUAAAUAUUCUGUUGAGAGAAAAAAUUGUUUAAUAUUAAGUGUGAAUGGAAUGUCAAUGGCCUUGUGUAUUUGUGUAUUUGUCUUAAUGUAUUUUAUUUUCUGUGAAUAAUGUCAAAUUAUUAUGAUCAUUUUAUUUUAUUGACGCUAAACCUGAAGAGGUACAAAAAACUGAAAGGAGAAAAAAAACAUGGAAAAGACUACAUUGUCGUUCUAACACUUUUACACACUAAUGAAUGGUAACGCACAGCAUUGUGCUCUGAGAGAGAUACUGAAUGUACUGUCAUUUCUGUAUGCUGACAUGCGUGUGACAAACGGUGUAUUGCGCUACUCUGUGGGACACCAAUGAUCUAUUAUCUAUUUAAAGUGCAAUGAUGUACUGCCAAAAUAUGCAUUUAAAGGGCAAUACAAUAUACAUGUAGCCUACCACAUAGUAAACACUACAAAUAAUGAUGUUCUGACAGAGAAGACUGUUGAAGGCAAGUUCACGCAGAAACCCCUCAAUAUCCAGGCUUUAAAAUACUUCAACUUUCCUUAGCACCUGCAGGUAAUACUGUUUUGUUUGGUCAACUUACAGCGAUGUGUGCCAUUUUACCUUGAAGAGGGGCCUCCCGGGGGCGCCCUGAGUAGACAUUCUUUAGUGCAUCAUCAUGUCAGUGUAUGGUUCAUUUAGCUGGAGUGGAAAGAAUUACUGUAACCUUUUUGUAAUAAAUUUGCUUGCAGAAAGCUACCAUGGGAUACUGA